AUGCAUGAGGAACAGCGGAGGAAGAGGGUGUCCACACCCUCUCCCAACCACGCCCACCCAGUGUCCACACCCUCUCCCAACCACGCCCAUCCAGUGUCCACACCCUCUCCCAACCACGCCCACCCAGUUUCCACACCCUCUCCCAACCACGCCCACCCAGUGUCCACACCCUCUCCCAACCACUCCCACCCAGUGUCCACACCCUCUCCCAACCACGCCCACCCAGUGUCCACACUCUCUCCCAACCACACCCACCCAGUGUCCACACCCUCUCCCAACCACACCCACCCAGUGUCUACACUCUCUCCAACACCACGCCCACUCCCACCCAGUGUCCACACCCUCUCCCAACCACGCCCACCCAGUGUCCACACCCUCUCCCAACCACACCCACCCAGUGUCUACACUCUCUCCAACACCACGCCCACUCCCACCCAGUGUCCACACCCUCUCCCAACCACGCCCACCCAGUGUCCACACCCUCUCCCAACCACACCCACCCAGUGUCUACACUCUCUCCAACACCACGCCCACUCCCACCCAGUGUCCACACCCUCUCCCAACCACGCCCACCCAGUGUCCACACCCUCUCCCAACCACACCCACCCAGUGUCUACACUCUCUCCAACACCACGCCCACUCCCACCCAGUGUCCACACCCUCUCCCAACCACGCCCACCCAGUGUCCACACCCUCUCCCAACCACACCCACCCAGUGUCCAAACUCUCACCAACACCACGCCCACUCCCACCCAGUGUCCACACUCUCUCCAACACCACGCCCACUCCCACCCAGUGUCCACACUCUCUCCAACACCACGCCCACUCCCACCCAGUGUCCAAACUCUCAAAUGUUCCAUCAUCCCAAUAAUUUCAAACACGUACGCUCCUCCAUAA